GGGAGUGUCUGCAAUCUUGUAUUAGUAACUGUUAAUUGUACCUUUUAUAUCGUUUUUAUUAAUAAUUAUGGAUCCCGCGGUCUUCCCUGAAGAAAUUUGGAUUAAAAUUUUAUUAUAUUGCAAUGUACCUGAUAUUAUUGCUUUCGGUAGCACAUGCAAAUAUUUACGGAAAACUUCGGACACAGACUACCUAUGGAAAAUGAAGUGGCUACAAUUGAUUUCAAAAGUACAUUUUAGAUUUCCAGAUAUAAAAUGUUUACAGUUGUUGAGUGUCAGUUUUAAAGCAAUGUGUUAUAGAUUGCAUAUGGUAAUCACUUUAGGAGAAAAUGUUCCUUUUCCAAAAUGUUGUCACUGCAGUGGUUACACGUGUCAAAGAAAUUGUGUAGAAGGUUCCAGUGCGAAAGUAGUAAUAGAAAUUGGAAAUAAAUAUACGUGGGUUAUUACACCAAAUUUUGGAUUGAGAAGACAUUUUUCGAUGUUUGGUAUACCGAAAUAUAAUAACGAAACUCACUUGGAACAAACUCAAACACAAAAUGUACCGAGUAGUAGUGCACGUCCAAAAUGUGAUGGGAAAUCACUGGUUAAAAAAUUUAAAUUGUUGAAGUUACCAGAAUUAGCAACUGCUAAAAUUCAAAGACCCAGCGGUCCAUUUUGUGUCUUUUGUAACCCUGUAAAACUAUACAGAGAGAAAAAGAGAUUAAUUACACAUCAAAAUGAUCUAACAUGUUACACAAGACCAAAUCCAAUUUAUGAGAAACUCAUAAAUGGAUAUUGCACAGAUACUGUUGAAGUACUUGGAAUUCCAAAUGUUGAUAUUGUUAGUCCAGCAGAAGCAUUGUUAAGCGAUGGAACAUUUCCUGUUCUCAGAACAUUCGUUGAUCAUUUGUUUCACCAGAUGAGUUUAACUUCGAUACUAAGAAAACCUAAUGCAGUGCUUAUGUUUUGCGAACCAUUAGCUAUGCAUCCUACACUCAGGAAACAGCUACUGCACUAUUUAUUCCAAGAAGUUAAAGUUGCAAGAGUAUGUCUGGUUCCAAAACCUUUGGCAGCUUGUGCAAUGCUGGAUGUAGAAACUUGUGUGGUUAUUGAUAGUGGAGCUCUCAGUACAACAGUAGCUGUUGUAAUUGGAGGUCGCGUUAUACCACAACGCUGGAGAUUAUUACCUGUUGGUGGUUGGCAUGUAGCUUAUCACUUAAAACAAGCUAUGCAUUGGCAAUCGAAAGAAUAUCACCAGAUUCCUAUAACAUACUUGGACACAUUAGCAAUUAAAGAAAGAUGUAGAUUAAGUUAUAAUAUUAAAAAUGAAGAUAAACGGGUAGGACAAAAGUCUAAGGAAUAUAUUAAUUUUAGAGUUGAUAGUUAUGCUGACUAUAAACAAUUAUGGAGAGUUUCCUUGGGCUCAGAAUUAUAUAUUGCUCCCGAAAUGAUGUAUAUUAAUCUUGGCUUGCCACAAGUGAUAAAAGAUGUAACAGCUGGUUUAUCAGAAGAAUUAAUGUAUGAUUGCCUCUCAAACAUAUUGCUUACUGGAGGCAAUACAGACCUUUCAGGUUUUGAAUUAAGAUUAACUAAAGAUUUACAAGAAUUAUUACCUGAACAUAGCAACAUUUUGGAAGUAAGAAAUUGUCCUGGUACACAUAGUUGGAAUGUAGCUAUGGGUUCCACGUAUGUGCCUUUAGCCGUGCAUCCUGAUAAAACUCCGCCUGAAUAUGUAAAGGGUAAUCCGUUUUGGUUAUCGAGAGAAGAAUACGUUUUGUUUGGAUGUGAGUCAUUGGAGUAGUAAAGCUAUAAUAAGUGAUCCCUUGUAAUGUUAAUACUUCACUUACUACAAAAAUGCAAAACCUUCUUUUCUUGAAUUGCCUUUAAAUUAGACACAUGCAAUCAUAGAUCAUUGAAAGGACAUUCCAAGACAAGGCGCUUGGAUGAAAUUAAAUAUUGGUUGGUAUUUAUCACUGGGAAGAUCACUUUAUAUCUUUUCAAACUUCCCAUUUUAUGCAGUGUUACAGACUCUUCUGGAACUUACUUUAUACAACAAGGGGCUGGGAGAUUUCAACCAACAUGAAUCCAGUGAAUAGUAGAGUAGACGUAUGUCUCUGCAUCCAUGUUGUUAUUUUUACUGUCCCCAAAAUCUACAAAACCAGCUGCACUGAUUUCAAUUUUAAAAAUUCCUUAAAAUCAACAAAUAUUAAUAUAUGUAUUUAUACGGUUGUCUUUCGCCACAUUCCAUUACCAUAAUCAACCUAAUUCAUACUUGUCGCUCCCGUUGACCCGCUUCAGAGUAAUUCUGAUCACAUAUCCUCUGUGAUUUUUAUGAAUCUUUGGACAAGCUUCUAAUUCUCUCUAUUAUUCUUUAGGAAUUAUCUGCAGUGUCAACGACAAUUAUAUUAAAGAAUGUUAAAAACUGCCUAAUAAUUAGGCUCGUAAUUGUCGUUGAUUCUAUCAAUGAUCUUUGAAUUCUAGUCUCUUGAUUCGCCUCAGGAAGAUGUCCUUUGACACUAAGGUCAAUCUCAUUUUUCCAAAGCCUUAGCUAAUUGAAUAAUCUGGUCGGGAGUUUCCGGUCCAAACAGUAGUAAUUUAGUUGUAUUACCAUAUCAACAUUGAUUCCAAGUUCCCUUUCACGAGAUAUCUAUUGAAAGUAUAGUUACUAUCGCCAUUUAUUCUUCAAAAUGGUUUGCUUGUUUCUGAAAUUGUCUCAAUAUUUAAUCUGUCCUAUUUAAAAUCAUCCAGAGCUAAUAAUAUAGAUAUUUAUUUCUACUCGCACAAGGUUUUCAGCUAUGCGCCUUUCCCCGAAUUGUCAACUUUAACAAACUUCAUAUAUCUGGUAAAUGAGGUCUUAAUUCUUCCAUAUUAAAUUGGAAUUAAACGAGAACUCUAGUUGUGAGAUAUUUUUAACUUAAUCAAGUUAUGGUCAAUAUCCUCUACUCCAACUUUAUCUUUAUCAAAUUCCAAGUUCACUUUAUAACUUAUCCCACUAAUUGUAAGAUGCCUUGUCAUUUCAUAUUUGUGGUGAAUCGUCAUCGGCUUGUCGGCGGUUUAGUAAAUCUAUUUUCCUCUUUUCUUUAUGAGAUUAUCUUUGUGUACAUAGUUCAGGUAGUAAAUUGUUUUGUAAAUAAGAAGUACCUAAGUAAAUUGCUUAAGUUGCACUGUACAAAUAAAUAAUUCUAGAAAGUUUUAUUUAGACACAAGUAUUAUUAUAUAUAUCCUGAAUAUAGUAUUUCUAAGAAACUGUCCACGAUUUCGU